UCCCCCGCCCCCUCCCUCCGUCUCCUCCUCCCUCACCCGCAGCCGAGCGCCCCCUCCCCCACCCGUCGGGCUCCUCGGCGGCUACUGCAGAGGAUUCAGAGCCGAGUCGCUGAGAAGGAGGAGGCUCCCGGUCCCUGCGCGCCAUCCGCCACCUUACUGGACACGGGCGAGGGAGCGAGAGCGUCGCCUCAGUAGCCUCCAGAGAAGACAAGGGCAUCGCCGCCUCAGCCGCCGCCGCCGCCGUUUUCGCCUGCAGCGGCUCGUCGGAUCCUCAGUCUUCCACAAUGAACCCUGUUUACAGCCCCGUGCAGCCUGGGGCUCCUUAUGGCAACCCUAAAAACAUGGCCUAUACAGGUUACCCCACAGCCUACCCAGCAGCGGCCCCUGCCUACAAUCCCAGCCUGUACCCCACCAAUAGCCCCAGUUAUGCUCCAGCAACUCUGCUGAUGAAACAGGCCUGGCCACAGAACUCGUCUUCCUGUGGCACUGAAGGCACCUUCCACCUCCCAGUGGACACCGGGACCGAGAACCGAACUUACCAAGCAUCCUCUGCGGCUUUCAGAUAUACUGCGGGGACUCCAUACAAGGUCCCGCCAACCCAGAGUAAUACGGCUCCACCCCCCUACUCCCCAUCACCCAACCCCUAUCAGACGGCCAUGUAUCCAAUCAGAAGUGCCUAUCCCCAGCAGAAUCUGUAUGCCCAGGGAGCCUACUACACACAGCCGGUGUAUGCUGCCCAACCCCAUGUCAUCCACCACACCACCGUCGUCCAGCCCAACAGCAUUCCCUCUGCCAUCUACCCGGCACCUGUCGCUGCCCCCAGGACCAACGGUGUGGCCAUGGGCAUGGUGGCUGGCACCACCAUGGCGAUGUCAGCAGGUACCCUGCUGACUGCACCCCAGCACACCGCGAUUGGGGCACACCCUGUCUCCAUGCCAACAUACAGGGCCCAAGGGACCCCUGCGUACAGCUAUGUGCCCCCGCACUGGUAAAGCCUGCAGCCCAUGCAAAUCUGGAGUCACACAUUGUAUGCAACUACUCAAGUCUUACACAGGUGCUGGAGCAGUUCCCUACAGCACCACCUCUAUUUGCAAGAAGAGACAACGGAAGUGCAAGGGUCACUUUAUGCAUCUUAAUGGUUUUGGUUUUUAUUUUUGGUUUUUGUAAAAGCUGCUUUUUCUAAUCUCCUGCCUCUCCCUACUGUCCCUCUCUUAGCCACUGCCCUUCGGGCUCUACCCGCUCCUCCUACCUGACCAGGCACAUCCUCUCUGCUCUUCUUCUUUCCUUGCCCAAGCACCCAGUCCCUGGGGAUCCCAGUCUGGUGGCAGGCAGAGGGUGGGGUUUAUUGCAAUGGUUCAGCUGAAGGCACGAUUUCCUUUGAAGAGCAUAAGAGAUGUGGCCCUCGGGUCCAGGGUAAGAACUCAGAGCUGUUGAGCAGGCCACAACUCUGGGGGAUUGUUUCUUUUUUGAUUUUCUCAAGCAAGAUUAGUUUAGGACAUUACUAUGUCCUGACACAAAUGAAAUGUCUUCUGAGAACCAUUGCAACAGACCAAGAACAAAACCAUCUGAUUAGGUAGGAGUGUUCAUAGCAGCUUAAUACCCCAGGUGAGAACCUGGGAAAACCAGAUUCUUUCUUUGGGAAAACUUAGGGUGGGGCUAGGGGAGUGCACUGUGGGAAAGAAGAGGGAAGAGAGAAGAGAGAAGAGAGGUGCUUGCCUGCUGGCUUUGGUUUGUAAGGUCUCUGGCCAAAUUGUCUGCACCUGGACCCUCUGAUUUGCACAGUGAUGUUAACUGACCUGGCACUUCCUCAGAAGGCGAUUUUGACCUCAGACCUGCCAAGCAGCUGCAAGGUGGUGGGAUCCCAGCCUCCCAAAGCCUUGGAAGGCCAGGUGCCCUGUGUAAUCCAGACCUUGGCCUCUGAGCCCUCAUGGACCCACUCUGAUGAGGAGCUUCCUCCUGAUUAGAAUGGGAACCUAUGGCAUUCUCUCCCUUCCCUCUGCCCUUCCCAGUGCCAGGGCUCACCCGUCUGUCCAUGGGGCAGGCAGGCAUCCCAAGCUCUUGGUUACCUUGUGCCAUUCAUGGCCAAAGUGAAGGAACCACAUUCCAGAUGGGUGCUGGCAGCUCUGAAGGUCAGGGUAGUGAAGGAAAAGCAAUAGCAAUAAACAUUUCAUAGACUCAUGGAACUGAAGGGACCUUAGCAAUCAUCUCAUCCAUUCCCCUAUUUGACAGAUGAGGAAGCUGAGGCCCAGAGAACAGGAAAGGACUUCCCUAGACCUCGCAGUAAAUUAGCAUUAAAUGCAGCCUUCCUACCUAGGGGCAUGUUGCCCAAAAUUUACAGAGGGAUGGAUCAGAUGGAUUGUCUUAGUUUUGUAAAAAUUAAGUCAGCAGCGCCCACACCUGGUGAGCUCUGGGCUUUUGUUUCUGCUCUUUUCCUCCACGGACUUCAAAGGCGGGGGUUGAAGACUGGGCAGAGGUCACUUGGGGGCAGAUGGCAG